GCCAUGCUCGGCCUCUGGAUCUCCCUCACCUUCUGUCUCCAUGGGGUGCUCAGCCAGUUCCCAAGGGUUUGCACCACAGAUGGAGCUUUGCAGACCAAGAACUGCUGCCCAAGAUGGACAGAUGGAACCCCGUGUGGCUUCCGCUCAGGCCGCGGUCGGUGCCGUAAUGGGGUGGCAUUUAGUUCAUUAGCCGCUGGUCAGGUUCCCCUGUAUAACGAUGACCGGUGGGAUUGGCCACGAUAUUACUAUGACAGUACCUGCGAGUGCUACGGGAACUACGGCGGCUUCGAUUGCGGUGACUGCAAACACGGUUACUUUGGAGAGAGAUGUGAACGAAGAAAGACCUUGGUUCGGAGAGAGAUCCGGGAACUUUCCUUGGUAGACAGGCGGAGGUUCUUCAGUUACUUGGCUCUUGCUAAGACCACCAAAAGCAAGGACUACGUGGUGCUCACCACCGGAGACAGGCACCACCGCGACACGUUUCGCUUUGUCGAUGCUUCAAUCUAUGAUGUGUUCGCUUGGAUGCAUUACUUCUCCAUGAAGCCAAUUAUGGUCAACAGCACAUUAGAUGAUUCCAAGAACUUUGCCCACCAAGGCCCAGUCUUCCCAGGGUGGCACCGAAUGGCCCUCAUGUUCUUAGAGAGAGAAAUUCAGCGCAUGACUGGCGACGAGGACUUUGCCUUUCCUUAUUAUGACUGGAGAGGGGAACAGAAUUGCUCCAUCUGUACCAAUGAUUUUAUGGGGGAUAAUGAUGUGCAAGGGAACCUGGACCCAUACUCCCAUUUCUCCAACUGGAGGGGAAUAUGUAGCGGCUACGACUACCCCGAUGCUUAUUGCCCAGUCAUCCAGGAACAUCAGAUGGAGACCAUACUGAGGAAGCCUGGAACUGACCCGGUGGCUGCCAGGCUCCCAUCCGUCCAAGAUGUGGAGGAUACGCUCCAAUGGAGGGACCUGGACACCCCCCCAUAUAACGAGACGGCCACCAGAAGCUUCCGCAAUGCAUUAGAAGGGUUCCUGAGGCCAUCAGAUGGGGUAACCCUAGAGAGGAACAUGCACAACCUGGUCCAUAUGUACUUGGGCGGAACCAUGUCCCGCGUGCCCAUAUCCAGUAACGACCCCAUCUUUAUUGUACAUCACGGCUUCGUUGACAAGUAAGUUGGGAAAGAAAUGGACAAAGAGUGGGCAGAGCCAAUCACUGGGCAGUA